AUGGCGGUGGAUUACUACAAAUAUUGCAGGUGGGAUAGGAAUGCAAAAGAUGAAGAAUUGAAGAAAGCUUACAGAAAUAUGGUUAUGAAGUGGCACCCUGAUAAGAACCCCAAGAGAAAGAAAGAAGCUGCUGAGGCCAAAUUCAAGCAGAUUUGUGAAGCUUACGGUGUUUUAAGUGACCCGCGGAAGAGGGCAGUCUAUGAUCAACAUAGAAGGAAAGGAGCGCCAGUUGAAACAAAGUUGGGUUGUCGCCUAGAGGAACUCUACAAGGGAACCCACAAAAAGAUAAAAAUCUCGAGGGAGAUAAUAGGUGAUGAAAGUGGGGCAAGAAGGGUGGUAGAAGAGAUCUUAACCAUCCCAAUCAAACCCGGUUUGAAGAAGGGAACAAAAGUCACAUUCCCAGAGAAAGGGAACGAAGACCCAAAUGUGAUUCCUGCAGAUAUUGUGUUCAUAAUUGAGGAGAAACCACACAGCAUGUUCACCAGAGAACGCAAUGAUCUAAUCAUGGUACAGAAAGUAUCGCUGGCUGAAGCGUUAGCAGGCUAUACAGUCCAUUUGACGACGCUGGAUGGGAGAAACUUGACAGUGCCUAUCAACAGCAUCAUACACCCGAACUAUGAAGAGGUGGUGGCAAGCGAAGGGAUGCCGAUACUUAAAGAUCCCUCAAAGAGAGGCAAUUUGAGGAUCAAGUUCAACAUCGAAUUCCCAACUGGAUUGACACCAGAGCACAAGGCUGGACUCAAGGAAAUCCUUGCUUCCUAG